AUGUCUACCACCACGACUGCGACGAUUAGACCCAUCAACUCUCUCGUAUUGGAAGCGACGAAUCUUCGGUCCCCAGAAAAUGCACGGCCAGCGUCCCGAGAAUCGCAGUUGCGAAAGGUCGUGGUACUCAGCCAGCUUUUCGCUGUGACUCUAACCGCCAGCGUGAUCAAUGGGCUGGUGAUUGUCGGUCUGCCAACUAUUACCAAGGAGCUUCAACUUCCCCCUUCUCUAUCCUUCUGGCCUUCAUCGGUGAGUAGCCUCGCGACUGCCUCGACGCUUCUCUUGGCGGGGUCCCUGGCAGACACUGUUGGUCCACGGUGGGUCGAACUUGUCGGCUCCUUUGCCAGUGGCGCAUUGAUGAUCGGUCAAGGCCUGGCUCGCACCGGGCAGGAGUUGGUGGUUUUGAGAGCACUCCAAGGUGUCGGUCUGGCGAUGCACUUGGCCUCGUCCAUCUCCAUCGUGACGCAGCUUCUGCCUCCAGGAAGAAGCCGCAAUGUCGCUUUUUCGUGCUUGGGGGUCAGCCAACCCCUUGGAUUUUCUUUGGGCCUGGUGGUCGGGGGCGUCCUGGUCGACACUAUCUGUUGGAGAUCGGGGUGGUUUCUCUCUAGCGGUAUCACGCUCGUAUUCUCGGUUGCCGGUCUUUGGGCUUUGCCUCGGAGUAAGACCACGCAGUACUCGGAUCUCCUUCACAACAUCACGACUAAGAUCGAUUGGGUUGGUGCUGGGCUGGCUUCCGCGUUCAUGGCAUUGCUCUGUUAUCUCCUGGCCGCCAAUCCAUCACGGAUCAAAUCUGCCGAUAACAUCGUCAUUCUGUGCCUGGCUGCCCUUGCUCUUCCCUCAUUUGUCGGCUGGGUCCACUACCAAGUCAAGAGGCACAAGCCAGCUCUCAUUCCUAAUGCACUGUGGAAAAACACAGCCUUUUCGAGCAUCUGCGCUGCCAUUGCUAUCUCAACAACAGUUGUCAAUUCAAUGGAGCUCUUUGCCAGCUUAUUUUUCCAAGAAGUCCAAGGCCUAUCAGCGCUGGACGCCUCUGUCCGCAUCCUCCCCAGCCUCAUAGUCGGCGUCCUGCUGAACCUCGUCAUCGGCGUCUUCGUGCACAAAGUCCCCGCCUUCUGGAUCGCCACAGUGACGUCCCUCCUCUGCGCCGGAUCCCCCUUACUCAUGGCCGUCAUCCAGCCGUCCUGGCCUUACUGGGGAAACGCUUUCGUUGCGCAGCUCCUGCAGGCCGUGAGCUUCAACGCGCUCUACACCAUCGGCCUAAUAAUCAUCACGGAUAGCUUCCCGGAUGACACGCAGGCGCUGGCGGGUGCCGUCUUCAACACGGCCGCGCAGUUCGGGAGUGCCCUGGGCCUGGCAAUUCUUCAGGUUAUCUCGACGGUUGUGACGGAGGAGUCUGGCGCUGAUGAGACGGGUGCGCUGAUGGCUGGAUAUCGCGCUAGUUUCUGGACGAUGUUUGGGUUUAUGGUUCUUUGCACUCUUCUCGGGUACUUUGGGCUGCGGAAGGCCGGGAAGGUUGGCUUGAAACGGGAUUGA